AUGUCCCGCACACGCCAGCCCAUGAUGUCCAACUCGCAACCCCAGACCACCACUGAAGCGCCUUCAGAUUCUUCCGUUGUCCAGGUCUCAGGGACUCUGCGAUUAAGAGGAGAUGAUACGCCAGCAGAGACGAGUGGUGAGCCAUCGUCAGCUCGCCACAUCCGAUGGGGUGAGGAUGUGAUUGAUAACGAAGGGAUGGGAAAGAAAAGCUCCAAAGGUAAAUUUGCCUCGUGUGCCACGGACCAUCCGACCCUCUGA